CCCGAGAUCUUGCAUUGCGCAUGGCUUCCAGGUCAGUUAUACUAUUGUUUGCUGAGAGAUCUUGCCCUUUUAUGCCGCUUGCCAAUUAUGAAUGUGUGGUUUAGCAUUUGCAAUCAAAUUAUGCUUUGUGUUUGGCAUGAGGUGAUUGAUUUUUUAAUUGGUUUUAUGAAGGAAUGAUGAUGAGGUAUGUGAUGAAGAAAAUAUUGAAGGAUAUAAUGUAGAUGGGCAAGAGGAUCAUUUUCAGUAUGAAGGUACUGAGCAUGUUAAUUCAGAGGUUUAUUGGGAUUCAGAAUAUAUAUUCAAUGAGAAUGCUGAGGGUCAUUUGAAUGAAGAAGAGGAGCAUAUCGGUGAUAGAGCAGAUCCCGAAAAUGGAGAGCAUAUAGUUGUGAGAUUAUCACCAACAACAGCGGAUAUGGUCAUCUCUAGUGAUGAAGAUGAAGGCUAUAUUUCAAAAGAGCUAGUGGACAAGUGUAUCUCUGAUGAUGAGAAGAGUGAAGAGGAGUUCAGAAAGUACCCCGAGUUUGAUGAGAAUGCCACAUUUGGGGAGGUUCAAUUACAAUUAAACAUGUUAUUCCCGAACUUAAUUAUGUUCAAGAAAGCUGUGGCAGAUUAUAAUAUAGCAGUAGGAAGGGUAUUCAAGUUUGUGAAGAAUGACAACGAAAGGGUUAGGACAAAGUGUAGAUCGGACGGGUGCAAAUGGGAGAUCUUCUGUUCUUGGAGUAAUGAGGUGAAAACUUUCAAAGUAAAGAAGUUCGUGGAGCCACAUACUUGUGCUAGGGGGUUCAAAAACAAGCAAGCUAAUAAGAAGUGGUUGGCUAUUCAGCUUGUUGAUGAAUUAAGAUCAUACCCGACAAUGUCAGCACAUGAUGCUUUUGAGUGGUUCAAAAGGUACAGAGGUAUUCAUGUAGAUGAACACAUGUUAUACAGAGCAAUGAGGUUGGCCAGAACAAUUGUAGAGGGAUCUGAGAAGUUGCAAUAUCAAAAAUUGUGGGACUACUGUGAGGAACUUAGGAGGCAUAAUCCUAAUUCUACAUUUGGUUUGCAAGUAAAUAGACCUACUCUAGAGUUGCCACCAACAUUUGAUAGACUAUACAUUUGCUUUAAUGCAAAUGUUCAGGGGUUUAAAGCAGGAUGUAGACCCCUCAUUGGGCUGGAUGGGUGUUUUCGAAAGGGGUACUAUGGAGGACAGUUACUGUCUGCGGUUGCUCAAGAUGGCAAUCAACAUUUCUAUGUGAUUGCAAUAGCUGUUGUUGAGCAAGAAAGUAGGGAUACAUGGAGUUGGUUUUUGAGAAAUUUGCUUGGGGAUAUUGGACAAUAUAGUGACAAUGGUUGGAACUUUAUAUCAGAUCAACAGAAGGGUUUGAAAUUGGCUUUGGAGGAAUUAUGUCCUGGUGCUCCACACAGGAAUUGCGUAUUGCACAUAUGGAGGAACUUCUACAGCAAGUACAAGAACAUGGAACUAACCAAGCAACUCUGGAAAUGUGCAAGAAAUACCACAAUGGUGGAGUUUGAUCAAAAUAUGAUGAUAAUGAAGAGAAUGAAUGAGGAUGCAUGGGCAUGGCUGAAAAGAUUCAAGCCCGACGCUUGGAGCAAAGCUGGAUUUAGUGAUUAUCCUAAGAAUGAUAAUCUACUAAACAAUACUUGUGAGCAGUUUAACUCGAAGAUUGUGAAGUUUAGAGGUAAGCCAAUCAUUACGAUGCUUGAAGAGAUUAGAUGUUAUUUGAUGGGGAAGAUGAAUAAGCACAGAUUGCGGGCAAAUAGCUUUGUGGGUCCAAUUUGUCCAGUAGCACAAAGUAGGCUGGACAAGUGUAGAAAAGAUAGUUCAUAUUGGACCCCUGAAUGGGUUGGUGAUGCAGCGGGUUACAAAUUUCAAGUAUGGAAAAGGCCCCAAUGUAAGGUGGUAGAUUUAGGUGCUGGGACUUGCAGUUGUAGAAUGUGGCAGUUAACCGGGAUACCAUGUGCACAUGCUAUUGCUUGCAUGGCUUACAAUAAUUUGGAACCUGAGAAGUAUGUUCAUUCAUGGUAUUCCACUGAACGAUGGAGAGCCACUUAUGUCCCAUACAUUGAACCAAUUACUGGUGAAAAUGACUGGCACCUCACUGAACUGCCACCAAUUGAGCCACCUGCAUUUAAAAGACCGUCUGGAAGGCCUAAGCAAAGGAAAAGACAAUCUGAGGGUGAGACAAGCAACUCAUCCAAGGCAACAAGAAAGUAUGGUGAGACUCACUGCUCUAGAUGUGGAGAGGCCGGGCACAACGUUAGGAGAUGUACGAAAGAAGCCAAUAAUGAUGCUCCAAAUAAGAGAGGAAACAGAAGAACAACUGGGGGUUCUAAUGCAUCUGAUUCACAGGUUGAACCCCCAUUAGGCCCCUCAGGCCCCAUUGUAGGGUCUCAAGACUCUAUCAUCCUCGGGUCCAGCGUACCUGUUUCAGCUUCACAUUCUUUUGCUCAGGUUCAAAGAAGGCCUUUUAGCUCUGGAAUGGGGAUACCAGCAAACCAAGGUCCCAAUUGGAGGCCUCCAACACCAUUUAAUCAAUCUCCAAGUCCAAGCACAUUUCCAUUCAGAUUACAUGCAGCACUGAUGGGUAGAAGCAAUUGGAGUUCUCAUACUUAUAGACCCCCUCCUAUAAGGCCAAGAGUGCUUCCACAAGUUUCAACAGCUUCAGCGUCGACUUCCCAUUCAAGCUCAUCGCAAGGAUCAAACACUAUCAGUCGAAGAACUUGAGUUGUUACUGGACAUAGCAGUUUUUACUGCUUUCAUUGUUGAGAAAGUUCAUUCUGUUAUGUAUUUUAUUGGAAAAGUGAAUUCAGUUAGUCCGUUUCGGAUAAAUAUGUUUGUGGAACCUUUUGUGGAUAAAUAUUCAACUUGAGUGACGGGUGAUGCCUCGUAU